AUGACCAGGAAGAACACAUUCUGGGUCUCCCACUCUUCUGGUGACUUUGUGAAUGUCAGCUUGGAUGUGCGCGAUGAGAUGGUCUCGGGACUGAGCUAUAAAACGCCCACUAAUGAAGCCGGUCCUUGGAGCCAGCAGGCAAAGAAGCCCGAGGCCCCGGGGAAGGCCCAUUCGCUCCCCAGCAGGAAGUAUCAUUCAGCCUGGAGAACCUUUAUUCCCUUCCGCCCCAAGCCUGCGGUUCCCUCCCCUCACCCCCUGGAUGAUGCUGGCCUCUUCUCCUACCUCACGGUGUCAUGGCUCACCCCACUCAUGGUCCUGGGCUUACAGAAACGCUUGGAUGAGAGCACGACCCCGAAGCUGUCGGUGGAGGACGCUUCAGCCAAAAAUGCCAAGAGAUUUCACCUCCUUUGGGAAGAAGAAGUGUCAAGACAUGGGAUUGAAAGAGCUUCAGUUUUUCGAGUGAUGCUGAGAUUUCAAAGAACAAGGCUUAUUUUCAUUGUGUUUAUGAGCUGCUGCUUUGCCAUCACGUCUGUGCUGGGGCCGAUGCUGCUGAUCCCAAAGAUCCUGGAAUUUUCUGAAGCGCCGUCUGGGGGCGUGGCCUACGGAGCGGGGCUCUGCCUUGCCCUCUUCUUCAUCGAGUGCCUGAAGUCAGUGUGUCUGUGCUCCUGCUGGAUCAUCAGCCAGCGCACUAGCGUCAGGUCCCGCACGGCCACUUCCUCCCUGGCCUUUGAGAAGCUGAUGCAGUUUAAGUCUCUCACGCACCUCACCACGGGAGAGGUCAUCAGCUUCUUCGCCAGUGACAUAAACUACAUGUUCGAAGCCGUGUACUACGGGCCGCUCAUCACUAUCACCUGCUUAUCUCUGGUUGCCUGCAGCGUCACCUCCUGCCUCACCCUUGGGCCUACUGCGCUCAUUUCCACUGCUUGCUAUCUCCUGAUUUUACCACUGGAGGGACUCCUGACCAGAAGGGUCGUGAAGAUACAGAAGCACACCUCAGAGGUCAGCGACAAGCGCAUCUGUGUGACUAGCGAAGUGCUCACCUCCAUUAAGCUGAUUAAAAUGUAUACCUGGGAAAAACCGUUUGCAAAAAUAAUCAAAGAGCUCCGAAGGAAGGAAAGGAAGCUAUCAGAGAAAUGUGGUCUUGUCCAGAGCCUGACCACCAUCACCCUGUUCUUGGCCCCCAUGGUGGCCAUGGUGGUGAUGUUCCUUGUGCACACAUUCUUGCAGCAGCAACUCAGUGUGUCAACAGCCUUCAGCACGAUGGCCAUCUUGAAUUCCUUGCGACUGUCGGUGUUCUUUGUACCCUUUGGAAUCAAAGGCCUCACCAACUCAGAGUCUGCAAUGGAGAGAUUCAAGAGAUUUUUCCUCCAGGAGAACCCUGCUUCUUAUGUCCAGGCAUUGAAAGACCCUAGCAAAGCCGUCGUGGUGGAACAGGCCACCUUGUCCUGGCACAAGACCCAUCCUGGGAUUGUCAAUGGCGGGUUUGAAACGGAAAGGAAUGGACAUGCCCACGAUGGGCUGCCUGGGGCUCAGCCGCCACCUGGAGCCCCCAGAGCAGAGGACAGAAGGGACAGCCUGGGCCCAGAGUUGCACAAGAUCAACCUCUCAGUCUCAAAGGGGAUGGUGUUAGGAGUCUGUGGCAGCACGGGGAGCGGCAAGAGCAGCCUGCUGUCAGCCUUGCUGGGGGAGAUGCACUUGCUGGAGGGCUCCGUGGGGGUGCACAGAAGCCUGGCCUAUGUCCCCCAGCAGGCCUGGCUCAUCGGGGCCAGCGUCAGGGACAACAUCCUCAUGGGAAGCCAGUUCGACCAGGCCCGGCAGAUCGACGAAGUACACUGCUGCGGCUGGGCUCGUCCUCUGGCCUGGCUACCUUUGGUUGCCUGUCCGCAGAUCGGGGAGCGGGGCCUCAACCUCUCGGGGGGCCAGAAGCAGCGCAUCAGCCUGGCCCGGGCCGUCUACUCUGACCGUGAGCUCUACCUGCUGGACGACCCCCUGUCGGCCCUGGACGCCCACGUGGGGAAGCACGUCUUUGAGGAGUGCAUUAAGAAGACGCUGCGGGGGAAGACGGUCGUCCUGGUGACCCACCAGCUGCAGUAUUUAGAGUUUUGUGACCAGAUCAUUUUGCUAGAAGAUGGGAAAAUCUGUGAAAAAGGAAUUCACAGUGAGUUAAUACAGAAAAAGGGGCAAUAUGCCAGACUCAUCCAGAAGAUGCUCAAGGAGGCCACACAGGACCAGCUGCAGGACACAACAAAGCGAGCAGAAGAGCCACAGGCAGAGUGCCAGGCCCAGCUUUCCCCGCCAGAAGAGCCGCUUGGUGAAAAUGCUGGGCUGCAAAAUCAGCUCACAAAGAAGGAGCAGAUGGAAGAAGGGUCCCUGACGUGGAACAUCUAUUACCGCUACCUCCAGGCGGCCGGAGGCUGCGUGGUCUCUACCCUGGUAAUCCUCAUCAUGGUGCUGGUCAUCUUCCUCUCAACCUUCAACUUCUGGUGGCUGAGCUAUUGGCUGCAGCAGGGCUCAGGGACCAACAGCAGCCUCGAGACCAACAGGACCACGGCCGAGCCGGGGGACAUCCUGGACAACCCUCAGCUGCCCUUUUACCAGCUGGUGUACGGCCUCAUCACCCUGGUGCUGAUCUGCGUGGGGGUCUGUUUCUCCUGGGCUUUCAGCAGGAUCACAAGGAAGGCGUCCACGGUGCUACACAACAAGCUCUUCAGGAAGGUUUUCCGCUGCCCCAUGAGUUUCUUUGACACGACGCCAACGGGCCGACUCCUGAACUGCUUUUCGGGGAACCUGGAUGAGCUGGACCAAUUCUUGCCCAUCCUUGCGGAAGAGUUCCUGAUCCUGUCCUUGACAGUGGUUGCCACCGUGCUGACCAUCAGCAUCCUGUCUCCGUAUAUCCUGCUGAUGGCCCUCAUCAUCAUCAUCAUUUGCCUCAUUUACUAUAGGGUGUUCAGGAGGGCCAUCAAUGUGUUCAAGAGACUGGACAGCCAGAGCCGUUCUCCCCUGUGCUCACACGUCCUCGCCUCUCUACGUGGCCUGAGCUCCAUUCAUGUCUAUGGAAAAACUGAAGAAUUUAUCAGCCAGUUUAAAAGGCUCACUGAUGUACAGAACAGCUACCUGCUGCUGUUUCUGUCUUCCACGCGAUGGAUGGCACUGAGGAUAGAACUUAUGACCAACCUGGUGACCUUGGCGGUGACCUUGUUCGUGUCUUUCGGCAUUUCCUCUGGUCCCUAUUCCUAUAAAGCCAUGGCGAUCAGCCUUGUCUUGCAGCUGGCGGCCAACUUCCAGGCGGCUGCUAGGAUUGGUUUGGAGACAGAGGCGCACUUCACGGCUGUCGAGAAGAUUCUGCAGUACAUGAAGAUGUGUGUCCCCGAGGCGCCUUUACACGUGGAAGGCACGUGCUGCCCACGCGGGUGGCCACAGCAUGGGGAAAUCACCUUCCAGAAUUAUCAGAUGAAGUACAGAGACAACACACCCAUUGUGCUCAAGGGCAUCAGCUUGACAAUCCGGGGCCAAGAAGUGGUGGGCAUCGUGGGAAGGACUGGCUCCGGGAAGUCCUCUCUGGGAGUGGCCCUCUUCCGCCUGGUGGAGCCCCUGGCAGGCCGGAUCCUCAUCGAUGGUGUGGACAUCUGCAGCAUCGGCCUGGAGGACCUGCGGGCCAAGCUCUCGGUUAUUCCUCAGGAUCCCAUCCUGCUCUCAGGAACCAUCAGAUUCAACCUAGACCCCUUUGACUGCUACACAGAUGAGCAGAUCUGGGAUGUCUUGGAGAAGACAUUCCUGACCAAGACGAUCUCAAGGUUCCCCGGGAGGCUGCUUGCAGGAGUGGUGGAAAAUGGCAACAACUUCUCUGUGGGAGAGAGGCAGCUGCUGUGCAUCGCCCGGGCCCUCCUUCGCAACUCCAAGAUCAUCCUCAUCGAUGAAGCCACCGCUUCCAUUGAUAUGGACACUGAUGCCCUGAUCCAGCGCACCAUCCGAGAAGCCUUCCAGGGCUGCACAGUGAUGGUCAUUGCACACCGAGUCACCACCGUCCUCAACUGUGACCGCAUCCUGGUCCUGAGCAAUGGGAAGGUAAUGGAGUUCGACAAGCCUGAGGUCCUGCAGGGGCGGCCCCAGUCCAUGUUUGCAACCCUGAUGCAAACAGCUGGUUCUUCACUGAGCUGA